AUGAAGGCACCAUGUUGCGGGCUAAAAAUACUGGAUUUUUUUCUCAUAAAAUCUCAUUUUCAGCGCUCCAGUUUGACACAAGUAAAACAAACACAAGACUAGCUUCUUUCAGCACGUAUUUCUUAAACAAAAACGAUGAUUUUGUAAGACUCAGUUGAGGAAGAGUUGGUUGAGCAUCACGGUCCCGACGACCCAGGUUGUGUGGGUGGGGACGGGGAGACUCUGCUGCCGUCAAACGGGCCGUGGAGCCCGCCUGGCUGUGUGACUACUGAGCAAAGAAGAUGACGCAAUUCACACUACCUCUGUGUCUACUUCUCGUGGUCCUCCUUGGACAUGAGGGAGGAGCGACAGCAUCUCAAGAAGAGAAGGGGCGUGUCUUUCACAAUGAGUGGGCGGUGGAGAUAGAGGGCGGAGAAAGAAUCGCUAGAGACGUAGCAGAGGAAUAUGGUUUCACGUUUGUUAAAAAGGUGUUAUGUGUUGAGCAGCAAGAAACUCUGUUUCACGUGAAGCGUGAUGCGAAGGCCGUGCCCCACGAUGCGACAGGAAGUGAUUACGUGCCACCGUUUAACGAUCCUAAGUUUCCACAGCAAUGGUACCUGCACAACCAAGGCCAGAACAAAGCACAGCGUGGUGUAGACAUGAACCUAGCACCAGCCUGGAAGCUAGGCCUUAUGGGAAAGGGCGUGGUGGUGACCAUCGUGGACGAUGCCUCGUCCUCUAACAGCGAAGCCUCGUCAUCUCACAGCGAAGAAGACAAGGAGACAGAGAGCCCUACUCGUGCGGGGCCAUCCAGGGUGGGGCCAUCCAGGGCAGGGUCAUCCAGGGCGGGGUCAUCUAGGGCGGGGCCAUCCAGAGAGAACUCAGCCAGCGUCGCCAGACCUAGUACUUCAAGACAGUUAAAUGCCAAAGAAAGUCCAACCAGUACCAGACUAAGUGCCAAGAACAUUCCGUCCAAGAGUAAAAACUCAGGGAAAUCAACGACACUUUCAAAAAGCGUUGCAGAAAGAGUGAAGAGGCAAACGAAAUCCAGCAACACGAGGAAAGAUGAUUCGGGAGAAGAAAGUGAAGACCAAGACGAGAACAGUGAAGAAGAGGAGGAGGAGGAGGAAGAAGAAAAUGAGGAGGAGGAGGGGGAGGAAACAGACGUGGAGCAAGAAAAGAAAGAUGAAGAUGAUGAAGAUGAUGAAGAAAAUGAAGAAGAAGAAGAAGAAGAAAUUAAACCAUUAAGACCAAAACGAAACGGGAUGAGAAGAAACGUUGCUACAAGAAAUUCUGGUUCUAACUUGAGCAACGGUCACAUGAAGCGGUACUCCACAAGAAAUCAGCCAGUAGUAAGCGACAACGAAGAAGAUGAAAAUGAGGAGGAAGAGGGUUCGGACAGCGAAGAUGGCAGCGAGAAGAACGCCGACUCGAGCAACGAUUCGUCCUCAGCCACCGAAGACGUCUCAAACUCAGACAAUAGCUCGGACGAGAAGUCGAGGGAUAGUGACACGGACAAUUACAUGUCAGACGAUGCGCGUAACCAUCGAACGCGGUCUGACCGAUCAAGAGCGAGGUCCACAUCAAAGCGGAAGAGCAGGAGGAGUACGUCAAGUCCGGAGGCGAUAAGUCGACGAUCUAACCAAGUAAACACGAGAACUAGAGGACGCUUUAACUCCAGUGAUUUUGAACUGGAGACUGUCGUGGUGACGAGCUCGAGCCGCAAGCCUAAGACUCGUAAUCAGGGAAAGCAGACUGUGAUUUAUAGGGACCUGGACGAGGAGAGCGAGAAUCAGUCGUACGACAUCGAGGAGGUCUCAGACGAUGCGGAGGAGGAUGUCGCGACGACGGUGUCGAGUCGAGGGAGAGUGCGAUGGUUGACUCAACGAGCGAGAUUAAGCAUUAUGGGAGAAUAGAUCUUCAAUCCACACCAAAACAGAACGCUUUGAUAAUAACCGUCACCCUCUGCGUCACUUCUCACUCCUUCCCGCCCUCACUCAAAUGCAGGCCUGUAUGCUUCGCUUUUGAAAGGGCACCAAGGCAUUUUCACCUUGGUAAAGGGCGCCCUUUGAGGAAA